AUGGCGAAACAUGUUGAUUCUAAAGUUGGAAAGAGUAGUGUAAAGAGUCACAUGAUGCUGGUGAGGAAUAUUAAGGAUUUGCUUGAGGAACUCGACCAAGUUUUUGCUCAUGGAGGAAAUGAAAGCAAAAAUUGUAAAACUUAUCGAAAAGAGGAUUGCCAAUCAGAAGUUAGGAGCAGAUCUCAACAACAUACACAUCAAAGCAUCAACGGAUCAUCAUCUAAAAGAAGAGAUUGCUUGAAGAAGUCAGAAGAGAGACUUUCUUCAAAAUAUUUGGCUAUAUGGAAAUGCCCUCCCAAGUUCCAGUUAAAUGAGAAAUGGCUAGUGGAUGAUGGUGAGGAGAGUCAAGACGCUAGUAAGCAGGAGAAUAGGAAAAUGAGGGUGAUUGAGGCAGUUUUCCCUAACAAGUUUGCAAUUCCUCCAAAUUCUUACAACUUGUCUAACCUGGAACAAGGUUAUGAUGAUAGUCAAACUCAAAUAGUCAGAACCAUUUCUAUAGAAGAAGAAGCACCAUUGCAUGAUUUGACAGUUCUUAUAGCCACAGUUGUAGCUGCACUUCAAGAGCAGGGUAGUCUGAUUGAUGCCAAUUUAUUUGUUAGGCUUCUCCUCAACCGGAUGAAUGAACGUGGCAUGGCUACCAAUGUUGUUUCUCUCAAUGCUGCGCAUGCAGAAUCUGCAAAAUCUGUGCCCUUGACAAUGACUAAGCCUAACAUUAGAGAGAAAAUUUCUGAGUUGGUUUCCAGAUAUGGUCCUAUCACCUUGCAGCCUGAGUUGACUCUUUCACCAAAUGUUGGCCCUUCCUCCAAGAUGAAUACUCACAAAGAUAUCAACAAUUACUGCAAUUCUCUGAUCAAGCAACGUGGAGAAAAAACUGAGUCUAUGGUUGAUGAAAGCUUACAAAAACCAAUUUCGUGCAGCAGGACACCUUGUAUUUUCUUUAAUAAACCUAAGGGAUGUCGUAAAGGAUUCUCUUGUCAUUUCCUGCAUGAUAUAUCUGGUAAAAAGAGGUUUGGGAAGACAUCAGCAGAUCGGGAUUCAAAGAGACUGAAGUAA